GCAUCCACUCUGAGCCCUGUCCUCGGAGGGGAGGAGGGACCCGGGAGGGAAGUUGUGCAGGAACCAGCACUCAGCCCGCCCGCGCCGGAGGCAGCCCCGGGACACUCGGGAGGGCUGCUCCAUGGGUCCCCUAGUCCCCGGCCCCCACCGGGAGGCCCCUGGGGCGCACGGGACCCCGGCCCGCCCCGCUCGGCCGCACUGUUAGGGCGGCGAGGCCAGGUGACGGGCCAACGCGGCGCGGGCGGCGCGAUUGCCCUUCGCGGCCUCGAGGGGGCCCUGCGGCGGCCGCGAGCCGGGAGGACGCCCGCUCCUCCUGUCGGCGCCCGGGCUGCUGCGCCAUCGCCGCGGGACCGCCGCUCGCCAGCCCGAGGAGCGCACGGCCGGCCCGCGCAGCGAGGUGCCCCCCGCCGCCGGCGUCCCAGCCUGCAAGUCCUCCGCCCUCAGGCGAUGUGAAGCCCAGGCUCCGGGGCCCGCCUCGCUGUCCGCUUCUCCCCGCUGCCACCGACCGUCCAGCCUCUCCCCUAGGCCGGCGCCGAGCCCCACCAUGGAGGACGGGCGCGAGCUGGACCUCACCUACGUCACCGAGCGCAUCAUCGCGGUGUCCUUCCCUGCGGGCUGCUCCGAGGAGUCCUACCUGCACAGCCUGCAGGAGGUGACGCGCAUGCUGCGGUCCAAGCACGGCGACAACUACCUGGUGCUGAACCUCUCGGAAAAGAGAUACGACCUGGCCAGGCUCAACCGGAAGGUGCUGGACGUGGGCUGGCCCGAGCUGCACGCCCCGCCCCUGGACAAGGUGUGCGCCAUCUGCAAGGCCCAGGAGUCCUGGCUCCAGGGCCACCCGCACCACGUGGUCGUCAUCCAUUGCAGGGGCGGGAAGGGGCGCAUCGGCGUGGUCAUCGCCUCCUACAUGCACUUCACCAACGUCUCCGCCAGCGCCGACCAGGCCCUCGACAGGUUUGCCAUGAAGAAGUAUUACGACGACAAGGUCUCCGCUCUGAUGCAGCCCUCCCAGAAGCGGUACGUCCAGUUUCUCAGCGGGCUGCUGUCGGGGACAGUGAAGAUGAACGCCUCGCCCCUCUUCCUGCAUUUCGUCAUCCUGCACGGCACCCCCAACUUCGACACGGGCGGGGUGUGCCGGCCCUUCCUGAAGCUGUACCAGGCCAUGCAGCCCGUCUACACCUCGGGGAUCUACAACGUUGGCCCCGAAAACCCGAGUCGCAUCUACAUCGCCAUAGAGCCGGCCCAGCUCCUGAAAGGGGACAUCAUGGUGAAAUGCUACCACAAGAAGUACCGCUCAGCCACCCGCGACGUCAUCUUCCGCCUGCAGUUCCACACGGGCGCCGUGCAGGGCUGCAGCCUGGUGUUCGGGAAGCAGGACCUGGACAGCGCCUGCCAAGACGAUCGCUUUCCUGCCAGCGGGAAGAUUGAGCUUGUGUUCUCGGCCUCCCCCGAGAGGAUCCAAGGCUGUGAGCAUUUCCGCAGCAACCAUGGCGUGAGCGUGGACUUCAACACGGCCGACCCGCUGAUCCGCUGGGACUCGUACGAGAACCUGGGAGCUGACGGGGAAGUGCUGCACACGCAGGGCCCCGUGGACGGCAGCCUGUACGCCAAGGUGCGGAAGAAGAGCGCCCUGGACCCCGGCGUCCCCGCCGCCAGCAGCCCGGACCACGGCGACCACACCUUGUCGGUGAGCAGCGACUCCGGCCACUCCACGGCCUCGGCGCGGACGGACCGGACGGAGGAGCCCCUGGCCCCGGGACCCCCGCGGGGCCUGAGCCCCCAGGAGAAGGCCGAGCUGGACCAGCUGCUCAGUGGCUUUGGCCUAGAAGAUUCCGGAAGCCCCGUCAAGGACAUGACCGAUGCUUGUAGCAAGAUCAGCGGGACGCGUCACGUCGUGCCGGCCCAGGUCCACGUGAACGGGGACGCCGCCGCGGCGAAGGACCGGGAGACGGACAUCCUGGACGACGAGGUGCCCAGCCACGACCUGCGCAGCGUGGACAGCGUGGGGACCCUCUCCUCCUCGGAGGGACACCCGGCGGCCGCCCUGGGCCCCUUCGCCGGCCACCAGAGCAGCCACAACUCGCUCCUGUCGGACGGGUUCGGCAGCAGCGCCGGGGAGGACCCGCACGGCGCCCCCGUCCCGGACCUGGGCCUCGGCGGGCAGCCCCUGUUCGCACGGGAGGCGUUCGGGAGCUGCGAGCCCAAGCCGCCGCCGCCCGAGCUCCGGGCGCCCUGCGCGCUGGCCCAGAUGCCGGCCUACGAGCCGGGCGGCUACUCCACGCAGACCUGGGUGCGCCAGCAGCAGAUGGUGGCCACCCACCAGUACAGCUUCGCCUCCGAUGGGGAGGCCCGGCUUGUGGCCCGAGGCCCGGGGGACAGCGCCCGCGGGGUGCAGGCCCAGCCUGGGCUCCCGGUCAUCCCCACCCGGGGGGCCAGCAGCAGAGUGGCCACAGGCCCCGGACCACACACCCCUGAAACCCAGCGGCCCACUCCCGGCAGAGCCGGCAAUGCCAGGCUCCCAGGCGUCAGCGCUGUCAACGGGACUGGCCCGGAGCCCAGCCCGGACCCCUCCCCAGGCUCCCCCACCCUGGACAUCGACCAGUCCAUCGACCAGCUCAACAGGCUGAUCCUGGAGCUGGACCCCACCUUCGAGCCCCUCCCCACCCACAUGAACAAGCUGGGCAGCCUGGCCAGCAGCCCCUCGGCCCCAGAUGGCGUGGGGGGUGGGCCCCGGGCCAGCGGCCGCCUGCAGGACAGAGGAGGGGACCCCGGCCGGCCCCCCGGGCAGCAAGGCUCCCCGGGCGACGAGCUGCUGCGCAGAAGGCUCCGGAAGCCGAGCCUCGGCCAGUACGACAACCACACUGGGGGGCCGGCCUUCUCCCAGUGCGGGUGGGGGACACCCCUGGGCGUGGAGCAGGCUCCGGGCCGGGCGCCUUUCCUGUCGCCAGCAGAUGCCAAGGAGACGGUGACUCCCGCACAUCCCGCAAACCUCGGUGAAUGUGUGGUCGACGGCAGGGUCUUCUCUCCCAGCAAGACCGGCAGCGGCUCCGCGUCACCCACCCCGGCGUUCCCCGUGUCUCCGCUGACGCCGUAUGUGACCACGCCCCCGCACCACCCCGCCUUCAGCCCGCCCGGGCCCCCGAUGGGCAGCGCCAGCGGCCUGUACCGAGCGGCUCACGAGCCACGUGGCCCCGAGGCCCUCGCUCGCUCUGUGGGGAUGUCCGAGAGCCCCGCGGGACCCAGACCCUCGGCGCCGCCCUUCCCGCGGGCCUUCGCCGCCUCCUGCGCCGCCUCCAGCAGCGGCCCCGGCUCCCGGAGGGACAGCCCCGUGUCUGCCGAGCACCCGUGGGUGGACACCAGCCCCAAACCCACGCCGGCCCUGCCUGGGAGCAGCCGGCCCCCCCCGGAGCCUCCUGGGCCCAGCCAGUUCCCGGGUCCCGGCCAGGACGGGCCCAGCCCCGGGCGGCCGCACCUCCCGCCCGCCGAGCUCCCGCCCGCCUUCCACGGCCCCGCGCUGUCGCUGGCGGAGUCUCCCGAGGCGCCGGGCCCCGCGAGCAGCCCGGCCUUCCUGGGCUUUGGCGCGGCCCCCGGGGGAGGCGGCCUGCCCCCCACGGAGGCCCCGGGGGCCCUGCGGGCAGCGGCAGUGACUGCGGACAAUGGCUUCCUGCCCCCCUUCCUCCCGGGGGGGCCCGGGCAGCCGCCGCUCCCCGAGAAGAAGCGGGCCUCAGAGGGCGACCACUCCCUGGGCUCCGUCUCCCCAGCCUCCAGCGGCUUCUCCAGCCCCCACAGCGGGAGCACCAUGAGCAUCCCCUUCCCCAGCGUGCUCCCCGACUUCUCCAAGCCCCCCGAGGCAGCGGCUCCUUCUCCGGAAAACCCAGGUGAGAAGCAGGUGACGGUGAGCUUUGUGCAGGACACCUCCAAGUUCUGGUACAAGGCGGACAUCUCCAGGGAGCAAGCCAUCGCCAUGCUGAGGGACAAGGAGCCCGGGUCCUUCGUCGUCCGGGACAGCCACUCCUUCCGAGGCGCCUACGGCCUGGCCAUGAAGGUGGCCACGCCCCCACCCUCCGUCCUGCAGCUGAACAAGAAAGCUGGUGACUUGGCCAACGAGCUGGUCCGGCACUUCCUGGUCGAGUGCACCCCGAAGGGCGUGCGGCUCAAGGGCUGCUCCAACGAGCCCUACUUCGGGAGCCUGACGGCCCUGGUGUGCCAGCACUCCAUCACGCCCCUGGCGCUGCCCUGCAAGCUGCUCAUCCCCGACAGAGACCCGCUGGAGGAGGCCCCGGACAGCCCGCCCCAGACGGCGGCCAACUCGGCGGCCGAGCUGCUGAAGCAGGGCGCAGCCUGCAACGUGUGGUACCUGGGCUCCCUGGAGAUGGAGUCACUCACGGGCCACCAGGCCGUGCAGAAGGCCCUGAGCGCCACCCUGGCCCAGCAGCCGCCACCCCUGUCGACGGUCGUGCACUUCAAGGUGUCGGCCCAGGGCAUCACCCUGACGGACAACCAGAGGAAGCUCUUCUUCCGGAGGCACUACCCCGUGAGCAGCGUCAUCUUCUGCGCGCUGGACCCGCAGGACAGGAAGUGGGUCGCGGACAGCCAGGCGUGCAGAGUCUUCGGGUUUGUGGCCCGGAAGCAGGGCAGCGCCACCGACAACGUGUGCCACCUGUUUGCGGAGCACGACCCCGAGCAGCCCGCCAGCGCCAUCGUCAACUUCGUGUCCAAGGUCAUGAUCGGCUCCCCGAGGAAGAUCUGAGCCGCUCCCGGCCGGGCCCCUGCUGGGCCCCUGGGGUGACCCCGACACCUGGCUCCUCCGGCUUCCAGAGACCCAGCCCCUUCCCGAGACGGACACGUCCGCGCGUCCACAGCUGGGCCUUCUGGGCAGAAUUGGGCACCGGGGCACUGCCCAGCUCCGCACCCGGGACAUGUGUGCAAACGCAGGCUCCCCAUACAGGGCCUGUGGGAGGGGCCACCUGCCCGUUCCGCCGUGGCCUGAGGGGCCGCCAGAGUGUCCCCCACUGUGGCCGAGGGCUCCUGUGCCCCCGACGCCCAGGGCCUCUGCCUCAGCAGGUUCGCACCUGUGACGAAGGUCAUGCAGGUGGGCCCUUGGGCAUGAGGGCACGAGAGGGGACGCGUGGUGGGCUGUGAGGACAAGGGCACCUCCGUGGCCAAGAGCCCCACCCGCCUCGUCACAUCGGGUCUGAAGGUGCAGGAGGCCGAGGGGAGAAAGGCGGAGACGGAGGUGAAAUGCCGUUUCCGUGUAACCUGCACGGUGUCAGCUGCAGCCGCCGUGCCCGCUGUACCCGCUGUGCCCGCUGUACCCGCCGUGCCCACUGUGCCCACCGUGCCCGCCGUGCCCGGGGCACCAGGACAGGCGCCGUCCUUCCUGGGGCGGGAGAUUCUAGAGGGGGGACGUGCUGAGCUCUGGAAGCUCCCGUCCCGCCCCUCGUCCACGUCUGCGACUCCUGGAGGGGCGGCGAGGAUCUCUCUCGUGGAUGUUUGGGGCCCCCUCCCCCCUCGGGCAUGUGCCAUGGCCGUGGCGGUGCCGGGCCCAUCGCCCGAUCCGCACGUGGUCUCGGUUCAGGAGAAGCUGGUGGCCCUGCAGGUGCCGUCCCAGUGACGUCCCCGCCUCCUUCCUCCGAGCCCAGCCCCACAGGCUCCGCCUGAGGCCGGUUCUCUGCUCCAGGAACCAGCCAGCGCCUCGGGCGAGAGGCUGGGACCGCGAGGGCGGUGGGCCCCGGGCAGCUCCCACCAAAGCACCAAACGCAAGUGCCUCAUUCCUGUGCCAAACUCCGCCUGGGCCCCUGGGCGGCCUUCCUCCUCUUGUGCCUGUGGCCGCAGGGACUGCUGGGCCCAAGGCUCUGGUUCCUAGGAGCCCCCAUGGUUCCUGCGGGAAUUGGGAAGCAGACGGGUUGGUGCUGCCCCCCGAGGCCUCGCCCCCUGAGGGCUCACACCCAGGUCUGACCCAAGGCUGCAGGGCCAGCCCUGACCUCCCAGAUGAAGAUGGACAGGCCUGCAGAGAAGCCAGAGCCAGACGGUGAGACGCGCAGCCCACGGGAGUCACGGACCUGGGCCUCCCUCGCAGCCCCCGUCCUGGACGCCCGAGAAGCCGGGCACCUUUGCUCUCAAACCGACAGUCGGCGGCAACGUGCCCUCCCCACGGUCACGGGCGCCCAGGCUCCCAGGAGCCGGCCCUGGUCGGUACGACAGGCCUCCUCGCGUGUCACACCUGGGGGUGUCGGGCCCUAGGUGAGCCCCGCCGCCCGCCCGGCUCAGCCUGGCAGGACCCUUCCCCCGGCUCCUGGUCCCGGGCGCCGGCGGGCACAGGGCACUGUCCUGGGCCCUCCCGGCAGUGUGCCCCUCGGGUGUCCCGGCCGGGGUCCCCUAGCCCCUCAUUAACCAGUCACUGCGCCCCUCAGUGUUAACCUGUAAGCCCGAGGCCCCGAGGCCCUCACGUCUCCCGUGCCUGCACGCCUGGCGUCCGAGCCGCCCGUGUUGUACAGUGUAGCCAGGUGUGAGCGGCUGCUCGUGCGCCGUGUGCACUCUGCUCCCUGCAUCUCUCUCCGGAGUAUAAUAAACAUUAACGUUGGUAA